AGGCCUGGCUUCUGUCCUUCCCCGCUCAGACGCGCGCAAACCCGGAAGCAGAUCGCGUGGAGUGAAGGUCCCUCAGCGGCGCGAUUGACAUCUAAAGACUCUUCGUACGUGAGGAAGAAACCCAGAAAAGGAAAGCAAAGGAGUCAGGGAUGGCUCUUCCUCAGGGUCUAUUGACAUUCAGGGAUGUGGCCAUAGAAUUCUCUCAGGAGGAGUGGAAAUGCCUGGACCCUGCUCAGAGGACUCUAUACAGGGACGUGAUGCUGGAGAAUUAUAGGAACCUGGUCUCCCUGGGUAUCUCUUCCAAAUGCACAAUGAAGGAGUUCUCAUCAACAGCACAAGGCAAUACAGAAGUGAUCCACACAGGGACAUUGCAAAGACAUGAAAGUCAUCACAUUGGAGAUUUUUCCUUCCAGGAAAUUGAGAAAGAUAUUCAUAACUUUGAGUUUCAGUGGCAAGAAGAUGAAAGAAAUGGCCAUGAAGCACCCAUGACAAAAAUCAAAAAAUUGAUGGGUAGUACAGAGCAAUAUGAUCAAAGGCAUGCUGGAAACAAUCCUAUUAAAGAUCAGCUUGGAUCAAGCUUUCAUUCACAUCUGUCUGAACUCCACAUAUUUCAGCCCAAAGGGAAAAUUAAUAAUCAAGUUGUGAAGUCUAUCAAUGAUGCUUCCUUGGUUUCAACAGGCCAAAGAAUUUCUUGUAGGCCCAAAACCCAUAUAUCUAAUAACUAUGGGAAUAAUUUUCUGAAUUAUUCAUUACUCACACAAAGACAGGAAGUAUGCAUGAGAGAAAAAUCUUUCCAAUGUAUUGAGAGUGGCAACGCCUUUAAUUAUAGCUCACUCUUAAGCAAACAUCAGAUUAUUCAUCUAGGAGAGAAACGAUAUAAAUGUGAUGUAUGUGACAAGGUCUUUAUUCGGAAGCGAUACCUUGCACGCCAUCAUAGAUGUCACACUGGUGAGAAACCUUACAAGUGUAAAGAGUGUGGCAAGACCUUCAGUCAGAUGUCAUCCCUUACAUAUCAUCAUCGACUUCAUACUGGAGAGAAACCUUACAAAUGUGAAGAAUGUGACAAAGCUUUCAGACACAAUUCAGCCCUUCAAAGACAUAGGAGAAUUCAUACUGGAGAGAAACCACACAAGUGUAAUGAGUGUGGCAAGACCUUUAGUCAGAAGUCAUACCUCGCAUGCCAUCGUAGCAUUCAUACUGGAAAGAAACCUUACGAAUGUGAAGAAUGUGACAAAGCUUUCAGUUUCAAAUCAAACCUUGAAAGUCAUAGGAUAACUCAUACUGGAGAGAAACCAUACAAGUGUAAUGAUUGUGGCAAGACCUUCAGUCAUAUGUCAACUCUUACAUGCCAUCGUAGACUUCAUACUGGAGAGAAACCCUACAAGUGUGAAGAAUGUGAUGAAGCUUUCCGUUUCAAAUCAAGUCUUGAAAGACAUAGGAGAAUUCAUAAUGGAGAGAAACUGUACAAAUGUAAUGAGUGUGGCAAGACCUCCAGUCAGGAGUUAUCCCUUACAUGCCAUCAUAGACUUCAUACUGAAGAGAAACCUUACAAAUGUAACGACUGUGGCAAGACCUUCAAUCAGGAGUUAACCCGUACAUGCCAUUGUAGACUUCAUAGUGGAGAGAAACCUUGCAAGUGUGAAGAAUGUGACAAGGCUUGCAGUUUCAAAUAAAAUCUUGAAAUAUGUCAGAAAAUUCAUACUGGAGAGAAAUGUUACAAGUGUAAUGAUUGUGGCAAGAUCUUCAGUCAUACGUCAUCCAUUGUAUACCAUCAUAAAUUUCAUAGUGGAGAGAAACCUUACAAAUGUGAAGAAUGUGAAGAAGCUUUCAGUUUCAAAUCAAACCUUCAAAGACAUAGGAGAAUUCACACUGGUGAGAAACCUUACAGGUGUAAUAGGUGUGGCAAGACCUUCAGCCAGACCUCAUCCCUUACAUGCCAUCGUAGACUUCAUACUGGAGAGAAACCUUACAAAUGUGAAGAAUGUGAUGAAACUUUCAGAUACAAAUCAAACCUUGAAAGACAUAGGAGAAUUCAUAAUGGAGAGAAACCAUACAAGUGUAAUGAGUGUGGCAAGACCUUCAGUCAGAAGUCAUGCCUUACAUGCCAUCAUAGACUUCAUACUGGAAAUAAAUCUUAGAAGCGUAAUGAGUGUGGCAAGACCUUCAGUAAGGAGUUAACACAUGCCAUCAUAGACGUCAUACUGGAGAGAAACCUUAGAAGUGCAAUGAGUGUGGCAAAACCUUUCAUAGGCAGUCAGCGCUUAUUUACCAUCAAGCAAUCCAUGGCAGAGGGAAACUUUACAAAUGUAAUGAUUGUCACCACGUCUUCAGUAAUACUACAACUAUUGCAAAUCAUUGGAGAAUCCAUAAUAAAGAGAGAUCUUACAAGUGUGAUAAAUGUGGCAAAUUUUUCAGACAUCGUUCAUACCUUGCAGUUCAUGGGCGAACUCAUGCUGGAGAGAAACCUUACAAAUGUGAAGAAUGUGAUAAAGCUUUCAGAUUCAAAUCAAACCUUGAAAGUCAUAGGAGAAUUCAUACUAGAGAGAAACCUUACAAGUGUAAUGAGUGUGGCAGGAUGUUCAGUCAAAAUUCGGCCCUUGUAAUUCAUAAGGCAAUUCAUACUGGAGAGAAACCUUACAAGUGUAAUGAAUGUGGCAAGGUUUUUAAUCGCAAAGCAAAGCUUGCACGUCAUCAUAGACUUCAUACUGGAGAGAACGCUUGCAAGUGUAAUAAAUGUGGCAAGGUUUUUAAUCAAGCACACCUUGCACAUCAUCAUAGAACUCAUACUGGAGAGAAACAUUACAAGUGUAAUGAGUGUGGCAAGACCUACUCUCACAAUUCAGUCCUUGUAAUUCAUAAGACAAUUCAUACUGGAGAGAAACUUUACUAGUGUAAUGAGUGUGGCAAAACCUUCCGUCACAAUUCAGUCCUUGUAAUUCAUAAAACAAUUCAUACUGGAGAGAAACCUUACAAGUGUAAUGAAUGUGGCAAGGUUUUCAAUCAACAAGCACAUGUUGCACGUCAUCAUAGAAUUCAUACUGGAGAGAAACCUUAGAAAUGUGAAGAAUGUGACAAAGUUUACAGUUGCAAAUCAAACCUCGAAAGACAGGAGAAUUCAUACUGGAGAGAAACCAUAAAAAUGUAAGAGUUUUUGACAAGGCUUUCGGACGUGAUUCACACCUGGCACAACAUCCCAGAGUUCACACUGGAGAGAAACCUUACAAGUGUACUGAGUGUGUCAAAGCCUUUAGUGGGCAGUCAACACUUAUUCACCAUCAGGCAAUCCAUAGUGUAGGGAAACUUGACUAACGUAAUGAUUCUCACAACAUCUUCAGUAAUGCCACAACCAUUGUAAAUCACUGGAGAAGCCAUAAUGAAGAGAGAUCUUACAAAUGUAAUAAUUGUGGCAAAUUUUUCAGACAUCGUUCAUACAUUGCAGUUCAUUGGCGAACUCAUGCUGGAGAGAAACCUUACAAUGUCAUGAUUGUGGCAAGGUCUUCAGUCAAGCUUCAUCCUUUGCAAAACAUAGGAGAAUUCAUACAGGAGAGAAACCUCGCAAGUGUGAUGAUCGUGGCAAAGCCUUUACUUCACAUUCUCACCUCAUUAGACAUCAGAGAAUCCAUACUGGACAGAAAUCUUACAAAUGUCAUCAGUGUGGCAAGGUCUUCCAUCCGACUUCACUCCUUGCAGAAUAUCAGAAAAUUCAUUUUUCAGGUAAUUGUUCCCAAUGCAAUGAAUAUAGCAAACCAUCAAGCAUUGAUUGACAUUAGAGUCAGUUCAGCAUUGACUUGAGUUUGAGUUGACUUAACAUUGAGUUCAAGCCUUAAUUGACAUUAAAGUGUUUAUGUUAAGAGGACUGGGCUGUGUGGCAUGGCUCACACCUGUAAUCCCAGUGCUUUGGGAGGCCAAGGCAGGUAAAUCACUUGAGGUCAGGAGUUUGAGAUCAGCCUGGACAACAGACCUGAGCCACUUUUCCCAGCCUGUUUCUUGUUUCUUUAACAAAAACUGACAGGGAUUUUUAUGGGUAUCGUAUUGAAUCUAAAUUACAUUGGGUUAUAUAAUCAUUUAACAUAUUAAUUUUUCCAAACCAUCAAUAUGGGUUGUGUCUCUAUAUAUGUUUUUAAUCAUUUUGAUCAAUUUUUGUUGAUUUCAAGGUACAAACUUCUCACCUUUUUACGUUUAUUCCUAAGUAUUUCUUACUUUAAGUUCUCCAGCAAAUGGAAAUGUGUUAAAAUUUUCUUUUAAAAUUGUUUAUUAUUAAAGUAUGGAAAUUCAACUAAUUUUUGGUGCUGAUACUGUAUUGUGCAAAUCCACUGAAUAUGUUUGUUAGUUCCAGUACUAUUUUGGUUGAGUCUGUGAUUUUCUACACAGAAGAUCAUGUUGUCUACAAACAAAUAUAAUUUUACUUCUUUCUGA